AUGUCUGGAAUUGGAGACAACUGGGCUACUUCCCAGCGCCGCUCGCAGCGCACCACUCGUAGCACUGCCCAGGGAGGUCAAGACUUCACCGAAGAAAUCAACGAAGACAUUAUGUCUACCGACCCAAACUCCCAGGCUCAGAGAUGGGAGUCCAAGAAGUAUGCCCAGCAUACUCACUUGGACGACCAGGCCGAGGCCGGCGGCAUGGGCUCCUCGGGCUCUCGUAACCUGGAAGGCGGACAAGGUAUGAGAGGCGUUGAGGAUUCCUCUCGUUCUGGAGGAGGAAUGGGCGGCAUGCAUGAUGAGGGAACCACUGGACCUUAUCCAGGUUCUUCCUCCCAGCACCAUCAGACUUCCAGGGCCACUGAUGAUCCUGGCGAGGGUAUGCCUGGAAUGAGUGGUAAGAAUCAGGGGUAUGGUGAUCAAAGCUAUAUGACCCAGGACUAUGGAAGGCAGGGGUAUGGAAGCCAUACUGGCCGUGCCGUCCCCCCCGAGAACCAAGAGACUGGUGGUGUGCUCGGCACUCUCGGAGAGAAAGUAAAGGGAGCUAUGGGUGAUGUUAGCAAGAAGGCCUCCAAGUUUAGCGAGUAA